AUGGCGGAGGCCGACCCGCCUACGGAUGUUCAUGUUGCCGACCCCAAGAGGGCCCGGCUGACUGGGGAGAAGCCUGGACUCGCUGAUGCACUUGCCCGUGGCGCUUUUAGUCUACCAGAGAUGUUCAAUAUGCUUUUCAAGAUGAGUCCUCCACCCGAGGACUUUGUCAAUGAGAAGACCGACUAUGUGGCGGGGCAGGUUGCCCAUCACAUAUCCCAGGCUGCUAGUGGGGCUGCCGAGUUGUUUGUCCGGGUGACUGUCGAUGUUACAAAUCGUGAUCAAGAAAUAAGGGAACUCAAGGAGAAAGUAAGGCACCUGGAGGCUCAUAUUGAAUCUCUGAAUCGAUAUCCCGGCUCUGAUCAAUUCUUUCGGGACGCCGCCACGCUCUACCCAUCCCGACCGGCCGAUCUGCCUGCCCUGGUCAAGUCUUUUUGCUCGUCUGAAGAUGCUGUUGCCCCUCUACUCCAAACACUACAUCAGGACCCCGUAGGUCUGCAGGCGCUACGUCGGGUGACCGCCUGGGGUUUCCAUCGAGGGAAAUAUGUUAUGCAAGAGUCUGUUCACCAGGCACUCGCAGAUGGUAUUGAGCAUUGGGAGUUGGUCCGUGAAUUGCUACCUGAGCAGAUUCCUCCACCUGGUCCAGAGCCCUUCAGUGAUCCUCCUGUAGGUUCGACCGACCCGCAUACUGCUGACUCCCGGAGUCAUGUCCCUUAA